UUGCAGAGGUAAAAAAAAAAAAAAAACAAAAAAACAUAAGCAUUGGUUGGCUGUAGAAUGUUAGGCCAUAUAAUAUAAUAAAAAAAUAAAAAAAAUAAAUUUGGGUCAUUUGAUGUAUACCUCUACCUAGUGGUACCAACUGAAAUUGCAGUUGAUUUGUUAUAAUGCAGGCAACAGAAAGUUGACAUCAUUUAUUAUGCCUUGUUUCAGUCAUCUGUGCAAUUCUGUCCAGAAUAUUGACCACAAAGUCAACCUGUCUGUGUCCUGUGUUGGGCUAGUCUGGACCAACACUGUGAGUACCAUGUUCAGAUGAGAUGUGGCCCACAUUCUUCUCAAAGAGAAUCUCUAUAACUCCUGUAAAAACUACAGAUAAACUCAGCAGAAUCUUAAAUGGGAAGACAGGCAGGCAAGUUUGAACAGUUACCGUGUAACUGCGAGUAUCUGUGUUAACCUGAGUGUGAGCACUAGGGGGGUAAUUACGGUGUAGAAUGUCUGCCUCAUCGCUUCAGCUGACCUACGAACAGGACGGUUAAUUAUCCACUACCCAGCAGAGAGAGACGAAGCCAGAGAAGCCAGCUGGUGAUCACACACCUGCGUCUGAAAGGAAACAUGCUACAGGCUUUUGGAUUUUCACAGUCUAAAAUGAACAAGGAACAAAGAGGAAGCUUUGAUCAAACGGCCGGAAAAAAGGAAUUAUUUUUCUAAAAAGAAAAGAAGGAACACCUGCUUCUGGAGGAGGAUUCCACACUUGCUUGGUUUUGGAUUUGACUGAUAGUAAAAGGCAGAGACACAUGGAGACUGGACAGAGUCUAGAAUGCCAGCUGCUGCAGUGAAACCAAGUCCAGAGGACGUGGUGGCAGAGGGAGAAGGGGAAGGAGUCUCCCAGUGGGAUGGUUCCGUACUGGACCAGGAGAAGUCCACGCUCCCGUCCAUGAAAGUCCCCAGGGAGCUGCUGCGAAGUUUCCCACACUCUAAAAGAGUGGGGUCCUACCUGGUGGGAAAGAUGAUCAACAAGGGUUCAUUCGCCAAAGUGAUGGAGGGGCUGCACAUCGGCACGGGGGAAAAGGUGGCCAUAAAGGUGAUUGACAAGAAAAAAGCAAGACAAGACUCGUACGUCGUGAAGAACAUGAAGAGAGAACCUCGUAUUCAUCAGAUGGUUCGACAUCCCAACAUUGUGCUGCUACUGGAGACUCUGGAGACCGAGAACAGCUACUACAUGGCCAUGGAGCUGUGUGCAGGAGGAGACCUGAUGGACAGAAUCUGUGACAAGAGGAGGCUGGAGGAGAAGCAGGUGCGGCGCUACACCAGGCAGAUUCUGUCUGCAGUGGAGCACCUGCAUAAACAUGGCAUCGUACACAGAGAUUUGAAGAUUGAAAACUUCCUCCUGGAUGAACAUAACAAUAUAAAGGUUGUAGACUUUGGCCUGAGCAACACGCUGAAGGCAGAAUCAUUGUCUCUGGAUCUUCUGAGCACCCAGUGUGGAAGUCCGGCCUACGCAGCCCCGGAGCUGCUGGCUCACAGGAAGUAUGGCCCCAAAGUGGACGUCUGGUCUAUAGGUGUGAGCACGUUUGCCAUGCUGACAGGGACUCUGCCUUUCACUGUUGAGCCUUUCAACAUCAAACAGCUCCACCAGAAAAUGGUGAACAGGGAAAUCGGCAGCAUCCCCGGUGAUGUCAGCAAAGGUGCGGUGUCAUUCGUGUUGUCUCUGCUGGAGCCCGAUCCAAUCAAAAGACCCAGUGUCAGAGCAGCGAUGGAGGAGAAAUGGAUCAGCGAGGGAUUUGCCAAAAAACCACUGCAAACGCUGACUCACAAAAACAGAUUAUGUGAAGAGGACCUCAACUCAACCGUAUUGUCAUACAUGACAGAGACACUGGGCUACACCCUCCCUGAAAUCAUCCACACACUCACCACCAACCGUCCCUCGGCCAUCAUGGCCUCCUAUCACCUACUGCUGCACAAGUUCAACAGGAGCCAGAAAGCAGCCAAAGCCAACAAGAAGCUGGAGACCAGUGAUGGGAGCCUUCCCAGUAAGAAUACAUGGAGAGAGAGAAACAACACUGACUCAAAGACUCAGCAUCAGACUGAAUCGACCAGUGCAAAAACCUCCAAACAUCGCAGCCGGACCCUGAGGAUCCACCAGGCGGUGGAGAGUCAGAGCAGCAGGAAGAGGAGGCCUGAUGAUGUAAACCGUAAGGACAACAGAGAGGACGACGAAAACCACCCCCCUUCUCCAUCCCUGCCACAGCUACCUCACUGUGCCACCCCCUCAGCACCUCCUCGUCUCAACCCGCCCUCCACUGCUCCCCUGUCUGCAGGUGGCAGGGCGACUGAUGAGGAAAUUGCCAUUACCUUGAGCACCAGGGAGCCACUGUUCCCAGAGGUCUCUGUGUUUAGAGACAAAGAGGUGGUCCAUCGUUCUCCACCUAAGGGUUCGACAUCGCAACUCUGUGACUCCGCCCCAUGCCAUGUGCCCCUUCCAGUUGAGCCAAUCAGAGACAUCAGUCCAGUCAGACAAAUCCAACACACACACAUGCUCAGGACAACUCAGUCCGAUGGAGCAGCUGACCCCGGGUCCGAGUGUUUCCAGGACAAAUGCCACCAGGAUCACUCUCAUCACCUGACCAUCAAUGAACGGCUGGAGAAGCUGCAAAUGUUUUACGCCUCCGAGAAUAACGGUAUAUCCCCCAGAAUGCUGCUGGAGGCGGACACCAACACCACACACCUGUCAGACAGAGAACACCUCAGCUCUAUGGACACAACACAGACCUCACCCACAGCUCCCCUGCCACGUCUACGCAACGUGGGACACAAAGAGGGAAGGGGCAGGAAGAUGAUGUGGGCGGGACUGACCCGAACUGGGCCACCUGGACUCUUGGUCAGUGGGUCUAAACCUCCGGCCUUUCCCUCACAGAGACAACAUACUCUGGUCAUCAAGAGCCUUAGGCAGCAGAGAGGGAAGAGGAGAGAGCUAUCGACAGCAGCAGGAGGGGGCAGCGAGAGAACGACAGCAGGGGGAGUGAUGAGUGGAGCAAAGAGGAACACAGUUCAGUUACGGUCAACUCUGCAGCAUCGAGUGGCAGACCUGAACCUGCCGCUGUUACCCACAGGACUGCAGGGAAAAGCUGAUAAAAAGAGCCAGCUCCACAGUAUGGACUACUGACAGACAGGAAGGCAGUAAAAAAAACACAUACGGUCUCUGUGUUUACAGUUUUGAUGGUACAUUUCUCAUCCACAAACACCAGUAUAUAAACUAAAAUGGUUCAGUGCCAACAUUUUUUAUUCCAACUUAGUUUAAAAAAAAACAUUUAUCAUUGUGACCUUUUUUAUCUUUAUAGACUUCAUCCAAUAACUGUGACAUGGAUCCAGACAUUUUAUACUAAAGUCUAAUCAAAGACAAGUCUCAAUUCACCGCUUGAUGUUUUGCAGGGAAUUCUUAGCCGAAUAAUUUCUUAAAUUAAAAAAAAAUGUUCUAGAAAAAAAAAGUUUAAAUGUCCCCUUAUAUCAGUGAUGAACAGCACAUACUAAAAAUUCUUGCAUUCAUUUUUAUUUAUUUUUUUUAUCAUUUGCAAAGAAUUUGUUUUUAAUAAAUGUAACUCUUUGAUUAGGUAAGAUGUACAUGUAAAGUGAAGUGCAAAACUGAUUUACAUUCACAAAACCUCACACUCCCUCUGUCUCCGAGACACAUGAGUCAUUAAUAUUAAGGUGGGUCUCAGAGACGUGAAGGAUUCUGGUUGCUGCUUCAUGGUGCUCUUUGUGACCGCUGAAUAAUUCAGAGUCAGUUACGUGACACUGGGCAUGUGUGUGAGCGUUUGUGAUAUGCACAUAUAUUCUGUGUGAGCCCGGUGAAGACAGAUUGAACCCACUGAGGUGGAUCCAUCCCCCCACUCCAGUUACCUUUCUGGUUGUGUAACAAUGAUGUGAAGCGGUGAGCUCUGAUACUGUAUCAGAAGCUGCACAGUGGCAACACACUGAACAACAGCGGCCAUGUCGGCUGUGUACGUUGUUUUUAAAUGUAAAUGUAGACGAAUUUUAAAUGUAGACGAGAUGGCUUCAUCCUGGAACACGUGCCUUUUACAGCACUCUUUAAGGAACUUGUGUAUGAAAACACUCCUCCUUUGACUAGUGACAGGGACUGACAGUGAGUGGUGGACAGACAGAUCAGCUGCGCUAAAAAGCUAUGGAAAACAGAUCAAUAAUGCACGGAGCAUGCAGUGGAGAUAUUCAUAACCGGCCGAGCGUUGAGUUGGUUCCCAAAUGAUGAUGAUAUCAAACAGGUGAACUGUGGUGCAUCUCCAUGAAAUCACAUUCACAGGAAGUUUAGAGCAGCCACAGCGGUGACAGAGUAAAAUGAAAAGGGCCAAGUGGAAGUCUUGACCUUGUGUUUGACCGCUCAUCAAUAAUGCAUUAGGAAAGGUCAUAACGGAGAGAUGUUUACACAAGAUUUGAGUCUAAUGUCACAAAAGGAAGAACUUGACACAUGACUGCUGGCUUUCGACCUGUUGGUUUAUUCUCCCACUGACAUAAUGUUGUAAAAUUGAUUCUUAUAUGGGAACAAUAAUAGUGUGUAUUUCGGCCAUACUAGUUGCUAGUGAAGCACUUAAGGAUUUAAAAGGAUGGUGUUACCCUAUCUGCUCUUAAACAGUGUUGGGUGUCUCUCAGAAUAAUCGCUGGAUCCCUCAUUGUAUUUGUGUGUGUGUGUGCAUUUGUCAGUCUGGGUAAGUCUUUUUUCCUGGGAGUCUGGUUUCUAAAUGAUGAGUCAUUUAUAAUUGAGUGUCCCCUCCAAGGGAGAGCGAUCCAGGGUGGCACAGUCAUUAACUGGUCACCAUCACAGUGCGUGUGAGCGGGAGUGUCACAGGGGUCGGCACAAACACAAAACGUCCAGAACCACAGCAACCUGAGCCGAACACUGUUUUAUUGAUGCUACCUCCGAUUAACUAUCAGUUCAAGAUCAAUGCCAUUUAAAUCACUAAAGAUGUAGCUGUCAGAAGGCAUUCAGUGUUAUGGUAUUUUAGAGCUGUCCAAACCAAAGUGACAAAUCUCUAAACUAGAGUUGUAGUGACAACAUCAUAAAGGUAAGCCCAAACAUGUAUGGACAGAACUUAAAGUGAAAAUGUGAAAUGCAAAAUGAAGAUUGAAUUCUGGAUAUGCUGAUUGGAAAUAUUCAUGUAGUGAACACUGAAGCCAUAUAUGUACAUAUGCAUGGUUGAGUCAUUGCUCGAUGACGUUCAUAUUUUAGGAUUAAUAGACGGUUUUGUCAGACAUAACCAACAGUGAGUAUUUAUUUCAUUACAAAAAGCCAGUCUACCACAGACCCUCCCAUUUCAAACACACCAACUCAAGGUGAAACAGACCAAUAUUUGGGGACAACUGGCCUCUAUAUUAAAUAAAGUUUGGAUGUUUUUAUUAAUGAGUUGCCCGAUUUAUAAUGAUUUUCAGCCAGACCAUAGGGUCUGUACCUCAGAAGAUGUUUGUUGAAUAUACUGCAUAUAUUCAGCCUCUGAAGACAACGAUAUUUUAAGGAACUUGUAAAGUAAUUCAAGGCCAGCAGAAACUCUUUAUUUGUAGGUUACUGACAGAGUUUGGUAUGGAAUAUUUGUCUUGUGCUGCCAUCUGUUGGAAGAAAUAUGUGCUGCAGGAAAACUAAAAACACGUCAGUUUUAAGGACUACGUUGUGUGCCUGAAUGUAAAGGUUGGUUAGAUAAAACAAAAAUGUUACAACAUUUAUUCAGAUUUGUUAUAAUGUAUUUUUUGUGUGUUUUUCUAGACCUAUAUACUAUUUUUAAGGAAAUAUAUUGUAUAAAUUUAUUGUUUUUUUUCCACA